AUGCCAGGGUUUGGUGACGUGGCGGCAGCGGGAGGAGGGGUGGCAACAGGUUCGGAGGCGGGCGCGGAGGGGACAGACCGGGCGGAGGGGGAGGCAGCGGGGCAAGGCGCGGAAGCGGAGACACCAGCGGAGGGCCAGGGGGGAGCAGCGGAAGGGGCUGCGGCGGAAGGGGUUGGUGCGGAAGGCGGUGCCGCGGAAGGGGGUGCUGCGGAAGGAGCAGCGGAAGGAGAAGCGGAAGCGGAGGUGAAGAAGGAAGCAGAGCCGUUCGUGGUGCCGACUUCUGGCGCGUUUUACAUGCAUGAUGACCGCUUCGGUGAAGGCCCAGGCGGGGGGCGGACCAGGGGCGGGCGUCGACUGUGGGAGUCGGGGCGGGAGGAGAAGAAGUGGAAGCACGAUCUGUUCGAGGAGCUGGAGCAGGAGGAGAGCAACGGGUUCCGGGAGCAGGGCGGGUGGGAGCACCAGCAGUACUCGGAGGGGAAGCGCGAUCGGUUUGAAGGGCUGGAGCAGGAGAGUAAUGGGUUUAGGGGGGCAGGGCGGGUGGGAGCUGCAGCAGUUCUCGGUGAGGUGGGAGGGGACGUGGCGGAGGCCGCCGCGGCAGGAGGGGAGGCAGGGGCGGCUUCUUUGGCGCAGAAGGGGGCGGAUGGCCGCGAGGGGGAGGGGGAGGAGGGGGCGGAGGCGGAGGCAGGGGGCGGGGCAGAGGAAGGUAUGCUAACUUCAACCUGA